GUGACUUGAACGCCUCCCCUCCUUAUGGAACCACGUUUGGUAACAUCUCCGGUGUUAGAGGUUCUUUGACCUUUUCCCGCUGUCGGUAGGUCCAGCUGUGACCAGGGUCAUGGCUCUGAAGCUGAUUCAGAGGUUUCCGCUAAAGAUCCAGCGUUACCCUGUUGGACUCGUAUGCUUCGCCAGGCUCCUGAGUACCAGCAGUCAGUCCUUGUGUGUAGCUUGCCUGCGUACAUCAGCCGGCCGGUGCAUAAGGAGACAGGGUUGCCUUAAGCUACAGCAGGAUACCGUGAGGAGGAGUCUGACCACCAUCGUCAGGGAACCUGGCUUCAUCACCAGCAGCUCGGUGGGAAUCCACAGAGAUUCGGUCCCUCGGUUCCGGCUGACCCAGCUGCACCGACCCACAGCCGCAGAGGAGCAAAGUUUCCAGCGUCGUCUGGAGACCUGCUCCUCAUCCAGACAGGUUUUCAAACUGCUGCGCUCAGUGGAAAUCAUGUCUGACACCAUGGCCGCGGCAGCACUUCACCGUGUGGCCGACCUGGAACAGGAGGGUGGUGCUCUGAAGGACCCCAUAGUGCUGGAGAACAACACUAUCAGGGCCCUGUGCUUCCAGUUGGAGCAGGACUCUGGGCGGUUGACUGAUUCUGGACUGGUAUCAGCUCUCUUGGCUUGCACACGGCUUUACUUGGAUCCUUGGAGCACGCUGAUGGUACGGCUGGUGUCUGAGAGCCAGGCAAGGCUUGACAGGGGGGAGAUGACGGUAGGGGAACUGUGUACCCUGGGCCAGGCGAUGCUGGCCAUAGAGGGUCCAGGCAGUGUGAUGCUGGAGCAAGUGAUGGAGCAAAUCCAGAGGCAGGAGCCUACUCACUGGAGCCUAGCAGACCUUGUCCCUGUUUAUAGACUUCUGCAAGGUUGUGUGGGUGAAGAUGGAAAAUACAGGGACCUCCUGAAUGCCAUGCACAGCCACGCUAUGACCGUCACUUUCCGUAUGGAUCCUGCUGCUGUCAGCGGGGUGCUCAGUGCACUUGUAACCCUGAAUCAGAUGCAGGCCAUGCCUCUUGUGAUCAGUCUGUGUAAGCAGGCUGUGCGGCAUGUACCUUACUUCACCGAUGAGGAGCUCACCCAUGUACUUGGAGCACUAAUGCACUUUGGUCACAGCGAUCAUUACUUUGUGGAGGCGAUGGAGAAGUACAUUCCAACAGUGGCCUUCACCUCCCACCCAGAGACAGUUACGAAUGUGAUGCAGUUCUUUGGACGCAGGAACAUCCUUUCCCAACCAGUCUUUGAUGCUAUCGCUGAGAGCUUUGUGUACCGAGCCGACGACUACAGCACCAGCCAGGUGGCCAGGCAGAUCAUGGCUUUUGGGAAGCUGGGGUACCUCCCACCCAGUGCAGGCCAGGUGUUCAGGAAAGUAGAAACCAUUCUGCACACACGUUCCUCACACUUCCAGCCUCGAACACUGCUCAACCUGCUCCACGCCUGCACCUUGGUGGAGAGGUUCCCUGUUAAUUUUGUCUCCAAAGUGUUCAGCAGUUACUUCCUCCAGCAGCUGCAAGAGCAGGGCACGGGAAUUGACCGGGCUGUUCUGGCACAGCUGACUCAGCUCUACAUGACUGUAAAGUUGGAGUGUCCCUUCUAUGAGGGCCCCAAACUCCUUCCAAAAUACCGCGUCAAGUCUUUCCUCGCAUCUGGUCGCUUUCUGGAGACACCAGUGGAUUCACAUCUGUACAACCUGGUGAAAACUGGACUGGUGGAUUUGCUCGGGGAUCGUUCAUACUUCGGAUCAAAAGUUCUGACGCCGUACUGCUACACACUUGACGUUGAGAUAAAACUUGAUGAAGAAGGAUAUGUGCUGCCUGCCAGCCACACCGAUGAUGUAUACAAAAGGAUCGCUCUUUGUAUCGAUGGACAAAAGAGGUUCACUACAAACUUGAGGCAGCUUCUUGGAAAAGAGGCCAUCAAGCAGCGGCAUCUGCGCCUUCUGGGAUACGAAGUUGUUCAGAUCCCUUACUUUGAGUUUGAAAAGCUGCAAAACAAGACCAGUGUGGUGGAGUAUCUGCACCAAAAAAUCUUCCCUCACACCUACAGACUGAGCUGGUGACCGUGAAAUAAUCUCGCUGUGGUUGGAACAUCAGCGCUUAAAAACUCCAUAUUUAUUUUUUGCUAACAGUCAUUUCCAGGUUAAUGUGUUUGAAGUUAUUGACUGUACUUGCACAUAUUUAA